CUGUUAAAUAAUCGUUUGUCUGCUUUUGAUAUCAGGUUACAGUGGAUAAAUGAUUAGAAAAAAACAGCCGUAGAUUUAUAGUUAAGUUAUGAAAGGUGUAAUAAAACAUUCAGGAACUGUAAAAUUCUUUAGAUGUAUCUUCCUGACCCAUAAUCGUUUGAAUUGGGUAUCUGCCGUGGUACCAAGCGAAGAAGUUCCUUACGUUUUCUAUAAAGUGAUUUCAUCGAUUUUCUGAAUAACACUACUGAAAUUACUUGCUAUUGGAUAGAUCGUUGAAUGUAUUUCCAAAAACAUUACGAGUGAUAUUAUUGUAUAUCUCAUUAGUUAUAAUCGCUAGAAAGUGGGAUUGUGGGAUAAGAAGAUUUCCUGAUUGUCGAGUUCCGACAUGACUGGUGAAUAACCGCACAUAAUUGAAGUCAUAUUCGUGCUUGAGAGGUUGUGCAGUUUGAAUUAUUGAAUAUUGUAAAUGUUCACACUUUUUAAUACUUUGUAAUGUGUAUUACAGUGCGUUCGGCAACCAAGUAGAAAAUAUUUGUAUGUGUACUAAAACAGUAUAUAACAUGUAUCUCAAGUUCAAUUCAUUUUAAUUAAACCACAUGCAUAUUUAAUAAACUCGUCUGGCUUAUGUAUGAUCCUUUGCCAAACAUUUAAAUGAAAUACGCGAGUAAAUGUAUCAUAUUAUACGAAGAAUGAGAGACACGGCGCUUUUUGUCGUGUAUUUGAUUUUAUCUAUAUACGCGGUUGAUGUUUUUGUCGAAAGGCAGACUCCAGAAGGCAGUGGUAUUAUUGAUGUUAUUCGUUUUUUUUUUGUGAAUCGCCCUCAAGUAGUUUGAAAAAGGCAAUAAAGUCUUGAAUAUGUUUAAAUAUGUGACGCAAUAAGAAUUAGCCAAGCACCCGUAUGACCGGCAGUGUCGAAGCAGCUUUACUCGAGAAAAUCAUUUCUUAUCAGGUUUGGCACAUAAACGAUGAACGCUUUGUCACGAUGUCGCUAUCAUUUGUUCACACCUAACUAACCACAUUAUUCUCACUCACAAUGAUUAACGCCUCUGCUCACGUCAUUAGCAUGCGUCGAAUCGUUGACUAGCAGUAAUAUGAUGCGAGGAGAAGUGGCAUAUCAGAAACAACUUUUAAACUUUACUAUACUUUCUCCACUUUGGACUACUAUACCACUCCACUCCAUUGAAUAUGAGUAAAUAGACAGGACAAAGGUGUUAAUGUUAGGGAAUUCAUGAUAUUCUAGGGAUUUGUUUCAAAUCCUUUCCAAGUGUUCAAAUCUCAGAUAAUUUCUAUAAUUUGAUAACUAAUAUUGACUUAGUAGCUCUUCAUGUUAUUGCUCCGCCACUAAUUUUAUUCGAUUUUUCAUUUUAUUUUCUAGGUUAGUUUAGGAUAAGUUACAGAGCAAAAGAAGUGAACGAAUCCUAGGCUUAAGACGCAUUUACCUUGACCAUGUUUGUUUUAGCGGAAAAAAAUCUUGCGUCAUGUGUCUGUCUGAUUGUGUGACAAUCAAUUUUUUGGCGUUUUGCGAUUUGGUAUAUAUAUAUUUCAGCUUUGACGGUUGUGAUUCGCCUUUGUACUAUCCAAAUACGGAACUUCCACAGAAUUUUUGUUUACAAAAUUUUAUGACUCAAUAAAAUUUGAAGAAUGAAUCAGAAUUCCAAUGCACCCUAGUAUAAAUAUCACAAACAUGGGAGUCGCGUUCUGGGAGAAAAUGCAGGCAUGGGGGAAUGAAUCGUACGUAACAAAUUCCACGUAAACCCUGAGUCACGCAAUACAUCGAUCGGCGGUAAAUAGCUGUUGUUUCGUUUGAACAGAAUACUGCCAUUCUUGUAUGACGUAAUGCACUCAUCCGUUUGAUGCUUUAUACUUCUCUCUAUUUUGAUUCAUAGUUAUUCAGUUACUGACACUGGUAUAUGUGCACGGUAUUUGAAGCUGGGUAUACUAUUUUAUUUAUUCUGUCACUUAGCUGAAGGCGUAUUUUUUCAACAGAAAAUAUGCCAUCUGUGGACGCAUGUGAUUUUCUGGCGGGAUGGAUCGGGGGUGCAGCUGGUGUUAAAUCAAGCCACCCAUUGGACACCGUUAAAGUGCGCUUGCAAACAUCAAACGCCUACAAGGGGACAAUUGAUUGCUGCAUCAAAAUUAUGCAUAAAGAAGGACCAAAGGGAUUUUUCAAAGGAAUGUCCUUUCCAUUAUUGUCUGUAGCUGGGUACAACGCGUUAGUAUUCGGAGUAUACAGCAAUACUACGAAGUUAAUAUGCCAGUGGCGGUACAAUGAUGCGAACCACCAAGCUAGGUAUUCUGAUAUCACGUUCGCGUCAAUGAUAGCAGGGGCAGUGUCGGUGUCAAUUGGAGCACCUGUUGAUCUGGUCAAAAUUCGUUUACAAACACAAACAGGAUCUGUCGAACCCAUACGACUCAAUGAUGUAAAAACCAAUGUGACGAGGAAAGUGGAAAAAAGAGGAUUUCUAAAGCCUAACCCGCUACCAAUCGUCUCGCAAACAGAGUCAUUUUUGGUGAGGUCGUCAGAUAGUGCCAACUUGAUACCUAUCCGUUCUAAUCAGCCUGAACAAUACCGAGGGGUCAUGGACUGCCUGCUAAAAAUAUACAAAAAAGAUGGACUAAGAGGCUUUUAUAAAGGUGGUGGACCUGCCAUGUUGAUUCGAGAUAUACCAGGAUACGUGGUGUACUUUCUCCCAUACACUAUCCUUUGUAAUGCUUUUAAAAGCAGAAAUGAAUCACGGACAGGACCAAUCGGCCUUAUUCUUGCUGGUGGACUUGCAGGUGUUUUGUCUUGGGGUAUAAUGCAUCCAGUUGAUACAGUAAAAAGCAGAAUUCAACUACAAGGUGGAAAAACUGGCGUGUUCGAAUGCGCAUGGAAUAUGUACCGUAAAGAAGGGUUGCCGGUGUUUUUUCGAGGACUGGGUGUAAAUGCCUUGCGUGGAUUUCCACAGAGUGCUGCGUUAUUUUUCGGAUAUGAAAUGUCGGUGCGUGUGAUGAGAGGUUAAUCAGCUCGCAAAUAAUUUGAUACAGUCAUAAGGUGCACUAUGCAAAGCAAAGGCAUUGAGGAAUUUUUCUACUCUGUUUUGUUCAUCAACAGCGUCUUUACUGACAGACGCUGUCACUGGAAUCCGACAUUCCGUAUCCGAACUGUCGUGCCAUUGUCCCAUACAGACAGCGUAUCGACUGGUAGUAAAUACAGUCGAACUGCAAACAAAUGUUCCACACUGGUGCUGCUGUGCCUUAGCUUCUCAUUAUCAGCGUGCUAGUGACAUGUGCAAUCCCAGAGUCUAAUGACUAAGGCUGUUUUGAUUUGCUUUUUGUGCUAUUUUUUAUGCAUAUUUUGUGUUGAGAACUAUUUGCAGCAUGCGAGUAUUU